GCUGUUCAUGGUUUUCCUCCUCUGCAGACUAGGCUGGUUUCCGAAAGAUCAAGGCAGAGCUGGACAGAUGUGGUCCGCUUCUGAGAUCACUUCACAGCCUCAACUGAGCGCGAUAGGUUAGCAGCUGAAACGGACAUCGCACCAGAUGCCCCAAAGUCGACUGACCUGGAUGUGAAACCGGGAUAAAGCCCGGAUCUCGCUGUAUUUGACAGACCGAAACAACCAUACAAACCGGGAAUGGUCGCAACAGCUGCGGGGUAGCUAGCUAACCGUCAAAAACGGCGUUUCCACCCCCCCUUUUUCCUCAUAAAAUCACACAGUUAUCGUGGAAACAUGGAGGAAUUCGGGAAGAGCAUCUUCGUCCGGAUCAAUUAGUUGUCUUGCCUUGUGAUUAAUGGAUAACAGGAGCAAAGAGGAGCAGGAAACAAUGUUGUUAUUAGCCAGUUAGCUGACCUUAGCUCAGCUAGCCGUUGGUUACCGUUUACUUCAUCAAAUUAGUGGGCUGAGUUAGCCGCGCUAACUCAGCCCACUAAUUUAAAUAGGCACGCAAAAUAUUUCUAUCACAUUUUCUUUCUGCUGUACAACUUUGACACUCGGCGGGGUUUGCUGACAGACAGGUUUGUCAAGUGAAUCACUUCCUUUAGACGUUUACCAUUUCUGCUGUUAACUAAGCUAGCGAGCUAGCUAACCAGCUGUGCCGUUGAGCGCUGAUCCGCUCCAGUCCAGCUUUACUACUGUUCAACUACCAACCAACCAUGGCCCAAGAAGAGUAUCCUCUGCAUUUACUGGUCUGGAAUAAUCAGUACCUGGAGCUUGAUCGAGAGCUGCAGAAGAAAGAGGUAAGGGGCUUGUUGAUGGUUUUUACGGAUGCGCUUGAUAGGUCGCACUGCAUUGCGUUUACACUGCUUGUGGGUUUUUUUUUUUUUUGGUUCUGCAGCAGGAUGUGGAGCGCCUGGAUCCGAGGGGGCGCACCCCGCUGGAGCUGGCUGUGUGUCUCGGCCACCUGGAGUCCACUCGGGUGCUGCUGAGGCACACCGCAGACCCGACACACAGCAACACGCAGGGAUGGAGCAGUGAGUGCUUUAUCUAGGGUCCCAGUAGUAGGGGAGACCGGGGAGUGAAAUUUCUUUUUUUGAUGGAUGGUAGGGGAAGGUCCCGCCCUCCUUCACCUCUGAUUGGCUAGAAGUGCUGGGCUCCGAUUGGUUAUUCCUAAUGGCGGUGAAACAUCAUCGUCUAUUGGGUUAAGGUCCUUUCACACAGGGAGGGUUUUUUUUCACGUGAUUAUUUCGAACAUCAAUUUUUUUUUUCGAAACCUUUAUCCUGUCAAUACAAGCAUUCACAUCAGUGACGUUUUCCCGUCCUGCGAUAUUGCUGCAUUUAUUUUUUCGUAUCACGGUCAAAUUUUCUAAAGUUACACAUACUGUGUGUCCACUUCUGACCAAUCAUAUUUCGUGUUGUUGCGAAGUCAGAUUCACUCCAACAGGGCGGACCGGCUGAUUGUUUACAUGUCGGAGAACAGAGUGCUUUUUUAUAAAAGACACAAAUAUUACAAAGAUAAUGACCUGAAGGGCAAUUUGUGGAGAGUUAUAGCGUCGGAUUUCUCAUAUGACGAUGGUUUGUGUGCUUUAACAGUUUGCCAAACGUCUUUGUUUUAACUUUCAUCUGUGCUAAGUAACUUUAGCUCGUAUGCUUACCUGUUCAGAUACAACAUACCAUAUAUAUUUUUACUGUCUCAAACUCAAUCGCGUUGCUGUCUCAGCAGCAUUAGGUCUCGGUUGUUACCUGACGUUAAUGGAUUAUAGUUUAAUGUGCUUAUCUGGUACUGGCCCCGACUCGGUACAUGCUAUCAUGACAGACAGCCAUCUCAACACUAGUGUCUAAUCAGAACUGAAAACUGUCAGUCUGGUGUUGUGUCAGUCUUCUCGCUUCCACCCGGGAUGCGUCUUUUUUUUCCCCCCCGGGAAGUCGUCGAAUCACAUCGCGCUUGAUGUGUAUAGUCAGGCGCAUCAAAAUUCGCCUCAGGAUAUUUCAUAAUUUCGCGUCGUAUAUUUGCGUUGUUCCCGGUGCGUAAGGACCUUAAGGGUUAGGAGAUUUAGAAGUGAGAUAAUGUCCUGUAACACUCUGUUUGAGGUACAGAGCCAACAGCCCGCGUUCGGCUUGAGCGUGUGACGACAUUUCCAGCUAUUCUAGCCAAUCAGAGGGGAAGAAGGCGGGACUUUCCCUUACCAUCCGAAGGAAAAAAAAAGAUAUCACGACCUGGGAUGGUUGUAGCACGGGUCAAUUGUAACACUUCCAAUUUCUCCAAUCAGGAACAAGUUACAAAGUUACACCUGACUCACUCUGCACAUGCUUAGUUUAGUCCUUGUUCCACAUGUGUACAUGUAAAAAACUUAUUCUGAGGUAAGAAAGUAGUUAUUUAAAUUCAGAUAUUUUUGUGAUAGCAUUGCCCACUUUGUAGUUGAACUCAUUGAACUUAAAUCACCUUUUUUGUGUCUAUGUAGAUAUUUUUCUUAAAAGUUGUUCAUGCCAAAGUUUUAGCUAUGAGCUUUAAAGUAAGCUUGUUCCUGGUGACAAAGGUCUGGGUUAGUUGUAACAACAAUGAAAAAUGUUACAACCUCCCCCAAGCAAACUUUUUGUUAUCUUUAUGUUUUCUUUAAAAUACAGUAUAAGUUUUGGAAGAGACAGACUGACCGGGGGGUACUUCUCAACAUUUAGUUCAGUUUAUUAUAUUCAAAUGUUUAUAUAAGACACACACACACACACUGCUGUUUAGUUGUUGAAGCCACUGCAAACACACACACAGCCUAUUAAUAUUCAGUUGGUGCAUAUUUUCACAUUUUGUUCAGUUGUAUCAUGCUCAGUUGUCAGUCACUUCUAGGACUGGCAGUAACACACACACCAGCUGUGUUAAAUUGUUAAAUAAAAAGCUUCCAAUCAAUACAGUUUAGCUGUUAUCCUGAUUUUUUAAUGUUACAUUUCACCCCAGGGUACGUUACAACUAACCCAGACUAUGAGGUGAAUUGUAACAUUUCACUCCUUGUGUUUGAGACUAAAUUAUGCGUAGUCUGUUUGUGUUGCAGGGGUAACUGCUACAGCCUUUAAUAGCAGACACAUAUACUUAGUUUGUAUCACAGUUUGAAUGCACUGGCUUAAAAGAGCUCUGAGAUACAGACAGAAAUGUCAAAAAUGUUACAACCAUCCCCGAUCUCCCCUAUGUGCUCAGGGUGCUGAGGUGACAAAAGAGUCCACCGUCUUAUUGUGGAUGUAUUUUUCAGUCUUACAGGAGGCGGUGAGCACAGGGGACCCUGAGCUGGUCCAGCUGGUACUUCAGUACAGAGACUUCAAGCGUGCCACUGAGAGACUGGCAGGUAUCCCAGAGCUGCUCAGCAAACUUAGACAGGUAAAACACAAUGUGUUGUUUGAUAACUUUAAGCCUCCAGGCUCAAAAUUCGACUGUUACCCUUUGGGCAACACACCUGAUCCUUUACCAAGCCUUAUACCUUUGGUAAAUAUUUGUUAAAAGGCUGUUUAGUUUUUGGCUGUUGUUUCUCUUCAUCAUUUUCAUAACAGGAAGUGGUUGCUCCCAACAUGCAAACAAGAAUUCAUAGACAUAGCUUGAAUAUUUUUUUGCGCCUAAAUGAAAAGUUUCCUUAUUUUUCUGCAGGCACGAGAUUUCUAUGUAGAGAUGAAGUGGGAGUUCACCAGCUGGGGUGAGCGUGUGCUGUUUGUGUUUUCCUAGAGGUCAGUUUCAGCACCACAGUAGUUGGACAGCUCCACUGACACUAGCUGUCUCUCAUAUAGGUCUCUGUGGAUUGAUGAAAGAUUUAAGGGUUGAGACUAUUAACUCCAAUCAGUUUGAUACAAUGGCCAAAAAACAAGAUUAAAACAGGAUAUCUUACUGAAGUCUGCCUCAGUUUACUUCAAUUUCUCUCAAGUUUGGCUUAAGACAUCGUCACUGUUUUUACAAUACAUAGCAUAACUGAUAUGAUUUUAGUAUGAUGUGUUUAUCGUUUUACAGUAACUUGGGUUGAUUUUCAUUUUCCAAGUAGCUGUGGUGCUAAGAAGUUAAACAAAAUUUUCAUACAUAUUUUCCAUCUACACAAACUCUGCUUUUCCAUUCUUCAUCCUGCACCCAUUUGCUGUUUCGUUACCUUACCGUCUCCGACUCUUCCAAAAUCUUCCCCUCAGUCCCCUUGGUGUCAAAGGUGUGUCCCAGUGACGUCUAUCGAGUGUGGAAGAGUGGCUCAUGCCUCCGUGUGGACACAACCCUCCUGGGCUUUGAACACAUGACCUGGCUGAAAGGACGCAGAAGUUACAUCUUCAAAGGCGGAGGUGGGUGUGAUUCCUGAGGUGAUGAGAGUGAAGGAUGGAGGGAAGCAUGCUUAAGGACUGUUAAAGCCUUAAAUGAAGUAAAACAUGUAUUUUGGGUUUGGGAUCGGGGUCUUUUUUCACAUAGACGAUGGAGCGGUGGUGAUGGAGGUGGACCAUGAGAAGCAGGUGGUGUACACAGAGCCGCUUGUGUUGUCUCCCCGUGAUGCACCCUCCCUCCUUGCAGCCAUGCAGCCAUCGCAGGAGAACACUGCCCAGAGACUCACAUCACCCAUCGUCUCUACGCACCUCAACACACGCAACAUUGCCUUUGAACGGUACAAAACACCAACUGUUCAGUACUCUUUUCUGUUUAUGCAAGCCAUAUGUUGACAGGUGCUUUGUCCUGUUUGAUGUGUAUGGUAAUAAUCUUUGUGCCAUACUUUCUCUCACUGCUCACUCAGGAACAAGUCGGGAAUCUGGGGCUGGCGUUCUGAAAAGAGUGAGGUGGUCAGCGGGUACGAAGCCAAGGUUGGUAACUGCUGAGCAAUAUUUACUGAAACACAAAUAAUGUUUUUGUCUGUCAUACAACAACAUUUCUAUGAACAAAUCCUUCAAUUUGUAACAAACAUUAAGAAGAAACUUAUGGGUUGAUGUAUUUAUGUGACUGUGUAACCCCACGAUCCUCUGCAGCUACAGUAGAGUUAACAAGCUCCAAGCCAUUGCUAGCAGCAGAUCACUUAAGAUGUAUAUCUGCUGUUAUGUUAUGUAAUUAAGUGGAAAUGCUGAUAGGCAUUUCCACUUAUUGUUAUUCUCCUGUUUCUUUAUUAUUAAGUGGAAAUGCUGAUAGGCAUUUCCACUUAUUGUUAUUCUCCUGUUUCUUUAUUAAGUGGAAAUGCUGAUAGGCAUUUCCACUUAUUGUUAUUCUCCUGUUUCUUUAUUAUUAUUAUUAUUAUUAUUAUUAAGUGGAAAUGCUGAUAGGCAUUUCCACUUAUUGUUAUUCUCCUGUUUCUUUAUUAUUAUUAUUAUUAUUUUUCUUCCGCCAUUUUUUGGCACUUUAUAACUCUUCUCCACUUUGUGCGAUUUCAACCGUUCAAACUUUAAACUAUUCCUCUCCUUCAGGACAUGACGGCGAUUACUUUUCACUUUUCUACCCUUUAUACUUUUUGAUUUUUUUAACUUUUUAUGCAAAAAUUUUAACAUUGAAGUCAAUGGGGAAAUCUUCCAAUUCUUCCUGUUUUUCUUCCACCUUCUGAACCUUGUAACUUCUGCAUACUUUCACCUAGAGACCUCAUUUUUGCUUUAAAAUGUUCAUUGUCUUGUCGACUAUUACAGUUGUAGUCAGUUUUUUGAUAUCUUUUACAGUUCUUCCACAAUUUAGCUUUAAGCAACUUGUGGUUUUCAGCAAAUUUUCAGGCUUUAUAAUGGGUGUGUAUUGGAGAGUUUAGAGUGAUGAUGUCAUCAGCUAGAGUGCAGACCUCGUCUCUGAUCGACAGAACCUCGCUCGAAUAUAUCGCUCCCACGCCUACAAAUCUCACUCCACAGACAUAAAAAAUACAUCAAAAUGGAGGUAUAUGUGUCCUGCUUCUCACAAAAGAGGUUUCAAAUCAUUUAAUCCUACCCCUUGGCCAGCAGGUGACCAACUGUUCAAAUAGGCGGAAAUCUCUCCCAUUAGCCCUAAUGUAUUUUUUCUGCAAGAAAAUCCUUAUCGCCACUCAGGCUCAGACUUUUUUAACUCGCUGUUGUGGCCACAUUUCUUGGAGUACAGACAUGAAAAACACAUCAUUGUGUUCAUGAAGGGCGGAGGAUUCGUACGAUGUUCUUAUUUUCAUUCUUGGACUUAAGGAAAUCACGCUAUGUGAAGAAGUUCAGAGGCAAUAAAUUCACUGCACUUAAGGAGCUUCUCAGUCAAACAGUAGGUCAGUUAAUGCCUUUGAUCUCACAAGUCAUUAAGGAGAGACACACACACACACAUUCUUGUACUUGCUGCCUUGUGAGGUCUAUGAGAAAAGACCCACAAAGCGAGGACUACAAACUUUGAGCUACAGAAACCAUUCAGGGCUCCAAAAAUUCAGCUCAUUGAGGACAAUAUGGGGUGUACUCAGGAUUUUUAUUCAUUUAACUUUUUCCCACUUUAAAAUUAUUCUCAUUAUUCAUGCAUUAUUAAAUGCUUCAGACAAAUCCAAACUCAUUCAAACUGAUUCAAACCUUUCGGAUACUUCAAACCUGUUUAACACAUUAGGACGUCUAAUUAUUUAAAGUUUUUCCCACUUCAAAAUCAUUCUCAUUAUUUAUGUAUGUUUUGAUUCUUCAAGCAAAAUCCCAGUUCUACCACUACAAUUGCUACUUAUGUCACCUUAACUUGUAUCUUCACUUCUACCUCCACUGCUCUUGCUUCUCUUAAUAUUUUUUUACUUCUACUCUUACUUCUACCACGAGCUCUACUGCUUUGACUUCUACUUCUUCUAUUCUAAAACUACUUCUACUGCUUACAUGACUACUAAUAUCACUACUACAACUACCUAUUAUCAUACUACUUCUAGUACUACAACUUAAACUUAUGCCACUUCUCACGUACUUGCCUUUUAAGGUAAUUUACUUCUUCAUUCAAACUUUGUGUAAUUGUAAAAAAAUUUCCAGCCUCUUUCAGCAUGAAUCAAAUUUCAAUUUGAGGAGCAUAUUCGUACUAUUUAUUCUCCAACCUCUUAUUUACAAUUAUUUAACUUAUAUAUUUUUUUCCCCCUUCAACAGCUUUAACAUUUAUACCUUUCUCCAUGUUUUAUUAGCAGUUUAGCAUUGCUUUUUCAGCUUUCAGCACUCAGCAUUUCCACGCAUUUUCUGCAAGGAAAUGCAAUUUUUCUAGUUAUUAUUAUUAUUUUUCUUCCGCCAUUUUUUGGCACUUUAUAACUCUUCUCCACUUUGUGCGAUUUCAACCGUUCAAACUUUAAACUAUUCCUCUCCUUCAGGACAUGACGGCGAUUACUUUUCACUUUUCUACCCUUUAUACUUUUUGAUUUUUUUAACUUUUUAUGCAAAAAUUUUAACAUUGAAGUCAAUGGGGAAAUCUUCCAAUUCUUCCUGUUAUUCUUCCACCUUCUGAACCUUGUAACUUCUGCAUACUUUCACCUAGAGACCUCAUUUUUGCUUUAAAAUGUUCAUUGUCUUGUCGACUAUUACAGUUGUACUCAGUUUUUUGAUAUCUUUUACAGUUCUUCCACAAUUUAGCUUUAAGCAACUUGUGGUUUUCAGCAAAUUUUCAGGCUUUAUAAUGGGUGUGUAUUGGAGAGUUUAGAGUGAUGAUGUCAUCAGCUAGAGUGCAGACCUCGUCUCUGAUCGACAGAACCUUGCUCGAAUAUAUCGCUCCCACGCCUACAAAUCUCACUCCACAGACAUAAAAAAUACAUCAAAAUGGAGGUAUAUGUGUCCUGCUUCUCACAAAAGAGGUUUCAAAUCAUUUAAUCCUACCCCUUGGCCAGCAGGUGACCAACUGUUCAAAUAGGCGGAAAUCUCUCCCAUUAGCCCUAAUGUAUUUUUUCUGCAAGAAAAUCCUUAUCGCCACUCAGGCUCAGACUUUUUUAACUCGCUGUUGUGGCCACAUUUCUUGGAGUACAGACAUGAAAAACACAUCAUUGUGUUCAUGAAGGGCGGAGGAUUCGUACGAUGUUCUUAUUUUCAUUCUUGGACUUAAGGAAAUCACGCUAUGUGAAGAAGUUCAGAGGCAAUAAAUUCACUGCACUUAAGGAGCUUCUCAGUCAAACAGUAGGUCAGUUAAUGCCUUUGAUCUCACAGCUGUUUAGGAUGCAGUCAUUAAGGAGAGACACACACACACACACAUUCUUGUACUUGCUGCCUUGUGAGGUCUAUGAGAAAAGACCCACAAAGUGAGGACUACAAACUUUGAGCUACAGAAACCAUUCAGGGCUCCAAAAAUUCAGCUCAUUGAGGACAAUAUGGGGUGUACUCAGGAUUUUUAUUCAUUUAACUUUUUCCCACUUUAAAAUUAUUCUCAUUAUUCAUGCAUUAUUAAAUGCUUCAGACAAAUCCAAACUCAUUCAAACUGAUUCAAACCUUUCGGAUACUUCAAACCUGUUUAACACAUUAGGACGUCUAAUUAUUUAAAGUUUUUCCCACUUCAAAAUCAUUCUCAUUAUUUAUGUAUGUUUUGAUUCUUCAAGCAAAAUCCCAGUUCUACCACUACAAUUACUACUUAUGUCACCUUAACUUGUAUCUUCACUUCUACCUCCACUGCUCUUGCUUCUCUUAAUAUUUUUUUACUUCUACUCUUACUUCUACCACGAGCUCUACUGCUUUGACUUCUACUUCUUCUAUUCUAAAACUACUUCUACUGCUUACAUGACUACUAAUAUCACUACUACAACUACCUAUUAUCAUACUACUUCUAGUACUACAACUUAAACUUAUGCCACUUCUCACGUACUUGCCUUUUAAGGUAAUUUACUUCUUCAUUCAAACUUUGUGUAAUUGUAAAAAAAUUUCCAGCCUCUUUCAGCAUGAAUCAAAUUUCAAUUUGAGGAGCAUAUUCGUACUAUUUAUUCUCCAACCUCUUAUUUACAAUUAUUUAACUUAUAUAUUUUUUUCCCCCUUCAACAGCUUUAACAUUUAUACCUUUCUCCAUGUUUUAUUAGCAGUUUAGCAUUGCUUUUUCAGCUUUCAGCACUCAGCAUUUCCACGCAUUUUCUGCAAGGAAAUGCAAUUUUUCUAGUUAUUAUUAUUAUUAUUAUUAUUAUUAUUAUUUUUCUUCCGCCAUUUUUUGGCACUUUAUAACUCUUCUCCACUUUGUGCGAUUUCAACCGUUCAAACUUUAAACUAUUCCUCUCCUUCAGGACAUGACGGCGAUUACUUUUCACUUUUCUACCCUUUAUACUUUUUGAUUUUUUUAACUUUUUAUGCAAAAAUUUUAACAUUGAAGUCAAUGGGGAAAUCUUCCAAUUCUUCCUGUUAUUCUUCCACCUUCUGAACCUUGUAACUUCUGCAUACUUUCACCUAGAGACCUCAUUUUUGCUUUAAAAUGUUCAUUGUCUUGUCGACUAUUACAGUUGUACUCAGUUUUUUGAUAUCUUUUACAGUUCUUCCACAAUUUAGCUUUAAGCAACUUGUGGUUUUCAGCAAAUUUUCAGGCUUUAUAAUGGGUGUGUAUUGGAGAGUUUAGAGUGAUGAUGUCAUCAGCUAGAGUGCAGACCUCGUCUCUGAUCGACAGAACCUUGCUCGAAUAUAUCGCUCCCACGCCUACAAAUCUCACUCCACAGACAUAAAAAAUACAUCAAAAUGGAGGUAUAUGUGUCCUGCUUCUCACAAAAGAGGUUUCAAAUCAUUUAAUCCUACCCCUUGGCCAGCAGGUGACCAACUGUUCAAAUAGGCGGAAAUCUCUCCCAUUAGCCCUAAUGUAUUUUUUCUGCAAGAAAAUCCUUAUCGCCACUCAGGCUCAGACUUUUUUAACUCGCUGUUGUGGCCACAUUUCUUGGAGUACAGACAUGAAAAACACAUCAUUGUGUUCAUGAAGGGCGGAGGAUUCGUACGAUGUUCUUAUUUUCAUUCUUGGACUUAAGGAAAUCACGCUAUGUGAAGAAGUUCAGAGGCAAUAAAUUCACUGCACUUAAGGAGCUUCUCAGUCAAACAGUAGGUCAGUUAAUGCCUUUGAUCUCACAGCUGUUUAGGAUGCAGUCAUUAAGGAGAGACACACACACACACACAUUCUUGUACUUGCUGCCUUGUGAGGUCUAUGAGAAAAGACCCACAAAGUGAGGACUACAAACUUUGAGCUACAGAAACCAUUCAGGGCUCCAAAAAUUCAGCUCAUUGAGGACAAUAUGGGGUGUACUCAGGAUUUUUAUUCAUUUAACUUUUUCCCACUUUAAAAUUAUUCUCAUUAUUCAUGCAUUAUUAAAUGCUUCAGACAAAUCCAAACUCAUUCAAACUGAUUCAAACCUUUCGGAUACUUCAAACCUGUUUAACACAUUAGGACGUCUAAUUAUUUAAAGUUUUUCCCACUUCAAAAUCAUUCUCAUUAUUUAUGUAUGUUUUGAUUCUUCAAGCAAAAUCCCAGUUCUACCACUACAAUUACUACUUAUGUCACCUUAACUUGUAUCUUCACUUCUACCUCCACUGCUCUUGCUUCUCUUAAUAUUUUUUUACUUCUACUCUUACUUCUACCACGAGCUCUACUGCUUUGACUUCUACUUCUUCUAUUCUAAAACUACUUCUACUGCUUACAUGACUACUAAUAUCACUACUACAACUACCUAUUAUCAUACUACUUCUAGUACUACAACUUAAACUUAUGCCACUUCUCACGUACUUGCCUUUUAAGGUAAUUUACUUCUUCAUUCAAACUUUGUGUAAUUGUAAAAAAAUUUCCAGCCUCUUUCAGCAUGAAUCAAAUUUCAAUUUGAGGAGCAUAUUCGUACUAUUUAUUCUCCAACCUCUUAUUUACAAUUAUUUAACUUAUAUAUUUUUUUCCCCCUUCAACAGCUUUAACAUUUAUACCUUUCUCCAUGUUUUAUUAGCAGUUUAGCAUUGCUUUUUCAGCUUUCAGCACUCAGCAUUUCCACGCAUUUUCUGCAAGGAAAUGCAAUUUUUCUAGUAAUUUCUGGUGUCUCAUCUGCCGACUCUGCAUGACACUCUACAAUCCAAACACCAAGAAAAAGACAAUGCAGAGCUACACAGGGUUUGUAGAGAGGUGCACACAGAUCACUUUGGGUCACAACCACAACUACUUCUCCUUUUAUCUUCAGCUAUUCUCCAACUUCCACAAUCAUACACCUUCUACCUUUUCUUCCCUUUUACCUCCUUCAGCAGUUUUAACAUUUAUAAUUUUCUCCUUUUUUUUCUUCUUCUUUGUUUUGCAUGGCUAUUUCAGCGAUCAGCAUUUCCACGCAUUUUCUGCAAGGAAAUGCAACUUUUCUAGUUAAGUGGAAAUGCUGAUAGGCAUUUCCACUUAUUGUUAUUCUCCUGUUUCUUUAUUAUUAUUAAGUGGAAAUGCUGAUAGGCAUUUCCACUUAUUGUUAUUCUCCUGUUUCUUUAUUAUUAUUAUUAUUAUUAUUAUUAUUAUUUUUCUUCCGCCAUUUUUUGGCACUUUAUAACUCUUCUCCACUUUGUGCGAUUUCAACCGUUCAAACUUUAAACUAUUCCUCUCCUUCAGGACAUGACGGCGAUUACUUUUCACUUUUCUACCCUUUAUACUUUUUGAUUUUUUAAACUUUUUAUGCAAAAAUUUUAACAUUGAAGUCAAUGGGGAAAUCUUCCAAUUCUUCCUGUUAUUCUUCCACCUUCUGAACCUUGUAACUUCUGCAUACUUUCACCUAGAGACCUAAUUUUUGCUUUAAAAUGUUCAUUCACUUGUCGACUAUUACAGUUGUACUCAGUUUUUUGAUAUCUUUUACAGUUCUUCCACAAUUUAGCUUUAAGCAACUUGUGGUUUUCAGCAAAUUUCAAGCUUUAUAAUGGGUGUGUAUUGGAGAGUUUAGAGUGAUGAUGUCAUCAGCUAGAGUGCAGACCUCGUCUCUGAUCCACAGAACCUCGCUCGAAUAUAUCGCUCCCACGCCCACAAAUCUCACUCCACUGACACAAAUAAUACAUCAAAAUGGAGGUAUAUGUGUCCUGCUUCUCACAAAAGAGUUUUCAAAUCAUUAAAUCGUACCCCUUGGCCAGCAGGUGACCAACUGUCCAAAGAAGGCGGAAAUCUCUCCCAUUGACCGUAAUGUUAUUUUUCUCCAAGAAAAUCCGGAUCAUCGCUCAGGCUCAGACUUAUUUAACUCGCUGUUGUGGCCUCAUUUUUCGAAGUACAGACAUGAAAAACACAUCAUUGUGUUCAUGAAGGGCGGAGGAUUCGUACGAUGUUCUUAUUUUCAUUCUGUGACUUAAGGAAAUCACGCUAUGUGAAGAAGUUUAGAGCCUCUAAAUCCUCUGCAGUUCAGCUGCUUCUCAUUCAAACAGUAGGUCAGUGAUUUGCCUUUGAUCUCACAGCUGUUUAGGAUGCAAUCAUUAACGAGACACACACACACACACACACACACACAUUCUUGUACUUGUUGCUUUAUGAGGUCUACCUUGCAGUUCAGCUGCUUGUACACACAGUUAAUAUGUGUCUGCUUCGCCACCUAUCUCCACCCACAAACUUUGAGCUACAGAAACCAUUCUGGGCUUCUAAAAUUCAGCUCAUUGAAGAUAUUAUGGGGUGUUUUGAGGAUUGUGAUAAUAAAUUGUAUUAAUGUGUUCAGCAGAGUCUUGUGUUCUCACAAGCUCCUUAUCAGGAAUAGAUACAGAGGAUGAGCGUCAGGGCCUACUUGGAGUCCUGUUUCCUUAGCUUCAAGCCUUCUUUCUCCUGCUAUAGUUAUGCAUCCAAGGUCCCCAUGGCAACCAAUUAGUGCACCUGGAGACACACAGCUGACUGGAAAGCUGCUUCUAAUGGCCAUAUGAGACACAUGAAGCCAGGCUCAGCACACAUAGCACUGGGGAUGACACUUAAAACCUUUUACUAGAGCGCUUGAAAAAACUUCAGCCCCUAUCUCCUCACAUGACCUUUGACCUACAGAAACCAUUCAGGGCUUUAUAAUUUGAGCUCAUUGAGGACAUUAUGGGGUGUAUUUAGGAUUUAUAUUCAUUUUUCACAUUUUAAAGUCAGUGAUGAUUUAUAAUUUUUUUUUUUUCCAAACUAAUUUAAACUCAUUCAAACUGAUUCAAGCCUUUCUAAUACAUAAAAAAUUUCUGAUACUUGAGGAUUUUUAAUGAUUUAAAUUUUCCAUGUUUUAAAUUAGUUUUAAUAUUUAUGCAUUAUUCCAUCCUUCAAACAAAAUCCUACCUCAAGUACUACAACUACUGCUAAUGUCAGUCAAACUAGUACUUUCCCCUCUACUUCAACUGCUAUUGCUCCUAUUUCUACUUUCUCUACUUCAACUGCUAUUGCUCCUAUUUCUACUUUCUCUACUACUUUGACUUAUACUUCUUUUAUUCUCAAACUACUUCUACUGCUGACAUGACUACUAGUAUCACAACUUGACCUCUUAUCAUACUACUUCUUCUAGUACUACAACUUAAACUUAUGCCACUUCUCACCUUCCUGCCUUUUAAGGCAAUUUCCUUCUUCAUUCAAACUUUGUGCAAUUUUAGACAUUUUUCUAGCCUCCUUCAGUAUGAAUAAAAUUUCCUUUUAUAGAGCAUAUUCAUACUAUUUGUCCUUCAUCCAAUUAAACAGUUAUCCAACUUAUUUUUCUUUUUCACUCCUUCAAUAGCUUUAACAUUUAUACCUUUCUCCAUGUUUUAUUAGCAGUUUAGCAUUGCUUUUUCAGCUUUCAGCACUCAGCAUUUCCACGCAUUUUCUGCAAGGAAAUGCAAUUUUUCUAGUUAUUAUUAUUAUUAUUAUUUUUCUUCCGCCAUUUUUUGGCACUUUAUAACUCUUCUCCACUUUGUGCGAUUUUAACCGUUCAAACUUUAAACUAUUCCUCUCCUUCAGGACAUGACGGCGAUUACUUUUCACUUUUCUACCCUUUAUACUUUUUGAUUUUUUUAACUUUUUAUGCAAAAAUUUUAACAUUGAAGUCAAUGGGGAAAUCUUCCAAUUCUUCCUGUUUUUCUUCCACCUUCUGAACCUUGUAACUUCUGCAUACUUUCACCUAGAGACCUCAUUUUUGCUUUAAAAUGUUCAUUCACUUGUCGACUAUUACAGUUGUACUCAGUUUUUUGAUAUCUCUUACAGUUUUUCCACAAUUUAGCUUUAAGCAACUUGUGGUUUUCAGCAAAUUUCAAGCUUUAUAAUGGGUGUGUAUUGGAGAGUUUAGAGUGAUGAUGUCAUCAGCUAGAGUGCAGACCUCGUCUCUGAUCGACAGAACCUCGCUCGAAUAUAUCGCUCCCACGCCCACAAAUCUCACUCCACUGACACAAAUAAUACAUCAAAAUGGAGGUAUAUGUGUCCUGCUUCUCAAAAAAGAGGUUUCAAAUCAUUAAAUCGUACCCCUUGGCCAGCAGGUGACCAACUGUCCAAAAAAGGCGGAAAUCUCUCCCAUUGACCGUAAUGUUAUUUUUCUCCAAGAAAAUCCUUAUCGUCACUCAGGCUCAGACUUUUUUAACUCGCUGUUGUGGCCACAUUUUUCGGAGUACAGACAUGAAAAACAGAUCAUUGUGUUCAUAAAGGAUGGAGGAUUCGUACGAUGUUCUUAUUUUCAUUCUGGGAUUUAAGGAAAUCGUGCUAUGUGAAGAAGUUCAGAACCCUAAAUUCACUGCAGUUCGGCAGCUUCUCCAUUCAAACAGUAGGUUAGUUAAUGCUUUGAUCUCACAGCUGUUUAGGAUGCAGUCAUUAACGACACACACACACACACACACACACACACACACACACACACACACACACACACACACACACACACACACACACACACAUUCUUGUACUAUUUGCAUUGUCAGGUCUACCUGGCAGUUCACCUGCUUGUACACACAGGUAAUAUGUGUCUGCUUCAUCACCUAUCUCCACCCACAAACUUUGAGCUACAGAAACCAUUCUGGGCUUGAAAAAUUCAGCUCAUUGAAGAUAUUAUGGGGUGUUUUGAGGAUUGUGAUAAUAAAUUGUAUUAAUGUGUUCAGCAAAAUCUUGUGUUCUCACAAGCUCCUUAUGAAUUUAUACAGAGGAUGAGCGUCAGGGCCUACUUGGAGUCCUGUUUCCUUAGCUUCAAGCCUUCUUUCUCCUGCUAUAGUUAUUCAUCCAAGGUCCCCAUGGCAACCAAUUUGUGCACCUGGAGACACACAGCUGACUGGAAAGCUGCUUCUAAUGGCCAUAUGAGACAAAUGAAGCCAGGCUCAGAACACAUAGCACUUGGGGUGACACUUAAAACCCUUUACUAGAGUGCUUGAAAAAACCUAAGCCCCUAUCUCCUCACAUGACCUUUGACCUACAGAAACCAUUCAGGGCUUUAAAAUGAAAGCUCAUUGAGGACAUUAUGGGGUGUAUUUAGGAUUUUUAUUCAUUUAGAUUUUUCACAUUUUAAAGUCACUCAGUGAUGAUUUAUCAUUUAAUUUUUCAAACUAAUUUGAACUGAUUCAAACUGAUUCAAACCUUUCUUAUACUUAAAAACUUAAACUUAUGCCACUUCUCACCUUCCUGCCUUUUAAGGCAAUUUCCUUCUUCAUUCAAACUUUGUGCAAUUUUAGACAUUUUUCUAGCCUCUUUCAGCAUGAAUAGAAUUUUCUUUUAUAGAGCAUAUUCAUACUAUUUGUCCUUCAACCAAUUAAUCAAUUAUCCAACUUACAUUUCUUUCUCACCCCUUCAACAGCUUUAACAUUGAUACCUUUCUCCAUGUUUUAUUAGCAGUUUAGCAUUGCUUUUUCAGCUUUCAGCACUCAGCAUUUCCACGCAUUUUCUGCAAGGAAAUGCAAUUUUUCUAGUUAUUAUUAUUUUUCUUCCGCCAUUUUUUGGCACUUUAUAACUCUUCUCCACUUUGUGCGAUUUCAACCGUUCAAACUUUAAACUAUUCCUCUCCUUCAGGACAUGACGGCGAUUACUUUUCACUUUUCUACCCUUUAUACUUUUUGAUUUUUUUAACUUUUUAUGCAAAAAUUUUAACAUUGAAGUCAAUGGGGAAAUCUUCCAAUUCUUCCUGUUUUUCUUCCACCUUCUGAACCUUGUAACUUCUGCAUACUUUCACCUAGAGACCUCAUUUUUGUUUUAAAAUGUUCAUUCACUUGUCGACUAUUACAGUUGUACUCAGUUUUUUGAUAUCUCUUACAGUUUUUCCACAAUUUAGCUUUAAGCAACUUGUGGUUUUCAGCAAAUUUCAAGCUUUAUAAUGGGUGUGUAUUGGAGAGUUUAGAGUGAUGAUGUCAUCAGCUAGAGUGCAGACCUCGUCUCUGAUCGACAGAACCUCGCUCGAAUAUAUCGCUCCCACGCCCACAAAUCUCACUCCACUGACACAAAUAAUACAUCAAAAUGGAGGUAUAUGUGUCCUGCUUCUCACAAAAGAGGUUUCAAAUCAUUAAAUCGUACCCCUUGGCCAGCAGGUGACCAACUGUCCAAAAAAGGCGGAAAUCUCUCCCAUUGACUGUAAUGUUAUUUUUCUCCAAGAAAAUCUGGAUCAUCGCUCAAGCUCAGACUUUUUUAACUCGCUGUUGUGGCCUCAUUUUUCGAAGUACAGACAUGAAAAACACAUCAUUGUGUUCAUGAAGGACGGAGGAUUCGUACGAUGUUCUUAUUUUCAUUCUGGGACUUAAGGAAAUCACACAAUGUGAAGAAGUUCAGAGGCUUUACAUCCUCUGCAGUUCAGCUGCUUCUCAGUCAAACAGUAGGUCAGUUAAUGCCUUUGAUCUCACAGCUGUUUAGGAUGCAGUCAUUAACGAGACACACACACAAAAUCUUGUACUUGCUGCUUUGUGAGGUCUAUGAGAAAAGACCCACAAAGCGAGGACUACAAACUUUGACCUACAGAAACCAUUCAGGGCUCCAAAAAUUCAGCUCAUUGAGGACAAUAUGGGGUGUACUCAGGAUUUUUAUUCAUUUAACUUUUUCCCACUUUAAAAUUAUUCUCAUUAUUCAUGCAUUAUGAAAUUCUUCAGACAAAUCCAAACUCAUUCAAACUGAUUCAAACCUUUGGGAUACUUCAAACCUGUUAAACACAUUAGGACGUCUAAUUUUUUAAGUUUUUCCCACUUCAAAAUCAUUCUCAUUAUUUAUGUAUGUUUUAAUUCUUCAAGCAAAAUCCCAGUUCUACCACUACAAUUACUACUUAUGUCACCUUAACUUGUAUCUUCACUUCCACCUCCACUGCUCUUGCUUCUCUUAAUAUUUUUUUACUUCUACUCUUACUUCUACCACGAGCUCUACUGCUUUGACUUCUACUUCUUCAAUUCUAAAACUACUUCUACUGCUUACAUGACUACUAAUAUCACUACUACAACUACCUAUUAUCAUACUACUUCUAGUACUACAACUUAAACUUAUGCCACUUUUCACUUACUUGCCUUUUAAGGUAAUUUACUUCUUCAUUCAAACUUUGUGUAAUUGUAGAACAUUUUCCAGCCUCUAUCAGCAUGAAUCAAAUUUCAAUUUGAGGAGCAUAUUCAUACUAUUUAUCCUCCAACCAUUUUCACAAUUAUUUAACUUAUAUAUAUUUUUUUACCCCUUCAACAGCUUUUACAUUUAUACCUUUCUCCAUGUUUUAUUAGCAGUUUAGCAUUGCUUUUUCAGCUUUCAGCACUCAGCAUUUCCACGCAUUUUCUGCAAGGAAAUGCAAAUUUUCUAGUGUUAUUUGGGAUGCUAUUGUUGGCAUGUAAAAAACUAUAUUAAAAGUACAUUUCUGUAUAUUCUUUGCGUUUAGGUUUACAGUGCCACCAAUGUGGAGCUGGUGACUCGGUCAAGAACAGAGCAUCUAUCAGACCAGGACAAAUCAAGGAGCAAAGGUAACCUAACUAUAAAGGCUUUUGACUCAUUGUACAAAGUCAAGUUGUCCUUAAUGGAUUAUCAUGAUUUUUCCGUUCCAGAUGAAACCCUGUCUUUCUGUCAGAGCCUGAGGUUAUGUGAUUUUUUUUUAAGAGCAGACAAUAAUGAUCUUGCUUCAUUUUUACCUCGCAGGCUCAAAGACUCCCCUGCAGUCCUUUCUAGGGAUCGCUGAACAGCACACAGCUCACAACGGGGUAAGAGACUCCCAGGUUCCACACACAACGCCCUCACCUCUCCAGCUGUCUUUGAUGAACACUGCAACUCAUGGUUCCUUUUCUAUAUUCCCGUCAGAGUAACGUGUCCCAGUGUGCCAGUCCGCACAAUCCCACAGCCAUCACAGCUGAGGAGUACUUCAACCCAGAGUUCAACCUGAAUGGGCGGGACAUCGGGCGUCCUGUUGAGCUGACAAGCAAAGUCCAGAAGUAUGAGGCAGUUCUGGAAACAAUAUUUUCUAUUAAUAGCUUUCUUUGUUGGUUUGUUUUCAGAAAAGGAGAGUUAAACAUGUCCUCUUUCUCUCUCCUUCUGCUCUCUGCAGGUUUAAAGCCACCCUGUGGUUGAGUGAAAGUCACCCUUUGUCUCUGGCUGAGCAGGUGACGCCCAUUAUCGACCUCAUGGCCAUCUCCAAUGCCCACUUUGCCAAGCUUCGUGACUUCAUCACUCUACGCCUGCCGCCAGGAUUCCCUGUCAAGAUAGGUGGGUAUGAGAGGAGUGGUUCUGUGCAGUUUGAGAUGAUUCCUUACAGCUCCAAUGAUUCUCACUGGAUGUUGAGAUUUGUUGCUACAAGAUAAAUCAUCAGUUUAACCUCUUCAAAACACCUUCUGUCUGUCCUCCAGAGAUUCCCCUGUUUCACGUGUUGAACGCCCGAGUGACGUUCAGUAACCUGUGUGGCUGCGACGAGCCGAUUAGCUCUGUGACGGUUCACAAACCAGAGAGCCCAGAUGAAGCUGGUAAAUACUGGCUUUGUUAUCAACUCUGUGAAAAGACAUAAAGUAGUACCAUAUGGGCCUGUUGUGAAGCUCAUUCUUUUAGAGCAAAUGAGAGUGAGCAAGAAAACAUUUCAUAGCAGAGUCAUGUAGCUACUAGUUUUUUUUUCAUAAAGUUGUGAGAAUGUAAAGGAAAUUCACUGUUGCAUUCAUUCUUAAAUUUUGAUAGUUUGAAAUCAGAAAGCCCAGACUUGGAGUUAAAUUCAUGCUGUCACCUGUCAGGUCAGUGUCCUGCUCCCUUCCACUGUGAUGUGGACCCCUCGGUGUUUGAGCCGCCUGCUGAGUACACUACCCUCGGACCAGGCCGCAGUGAACCAAUGAGAGACGAGGAUGACAACUUGCUGCAGUUUGCUAUCCAACAGAGCCUUUUAGAUGCAGGCACAGAAAGCGACCAGGUCAGAGUCACACAUGAGAACUGAGUCUUUGAGUCAAGUGUUUUACACUUCUGAGGGUAAUUAUCUGCUGAUGAAACUAUGGGACGGAGCAUCAGUGCAGGUCAGAGAUAACUGUUAGUUUUGGUCAUCACUUUUCUAACCCACGCUUGUUUUAGGUGACCAUCUGGGAGGCCCUGACCAACAGUCGCCCAGUGCCCCAGAGUCCACUGUAUGAGGAAGACUCCCAGCUUGAGAGGUGAUCUUCAGACUUUACCUCUGUUGUUCCCUUUACAGGCAUGUGAGAUGACUUAAAUCCACCUUUACGAGCUGCUUCAUAAAAGGUUCCCUUAAGUUUUAGUUUGCUUUUAAUCUAGGAGGGUAAGUUGUAUCUUUUACUGUAAAUGAGGUUUGACAUUUUCUUUACAUAUUUGGGGAAUACUCUGGCUUUGGAAGUAAUUUAAUUAAACUUCUCUUAAUAGAGUUCAGUGAUUAGCGUUUUCUCUCUGCCCUCUCACGGGAACAGCAACUCCCAGUCAUCCAGUAAUGAAGCCAAGCAAUUAAGCUUUAAGACAGAUGUAAUGAUGCUUCACUCCACGUCUGAAUAUCCUCAUUUGACUUUCUCACAGAGCAAUCCAGGAGUCUCUGUCCAUCUCGCUGGCAAGCCGAGAAGGAGAAGACACCGCUGACCCCAGUCAGCCCUCCUCUGUGUCGCCGAUGGAUCCCGCAGGCAACUCCCCGCUCUCCUACAACGCCGUGACGGAUCCACGCCUGUCGGGACACUUUGGUUUGGCAUCGAGCUUUGACGAACAGCUACGUAUCGCUAUGGAGCUGUCGUGCCGAGAGCAGGAGGAGCUGGACAGGUGAGGAGGUGGGGGUGGGGAACAAUUUUUAUGGCACAUUCAGGCAUCUAAACCAUCCAUUAACCAAAAGCCAGUGUUUUGACUAUGCAGAGUACAGAAAAACAACGUCUUUAAAUGACAAAAUUUAACUGAUUUAAAGGAAUAUAAUUAAAACAGUUGAAACCAUCUGUCCUUGUCUUUGAAGUGCAACUUGAGAGGAAUCUCUGUUCCUGGAAUAUUCCUGAAAUGACUCACCUCGCUUUGACUUCUUUAUUGUUUAUUCGGCAGGAAGCAGAAGGAGGAAGAAGACGAGCUGGAGAGGAUCCUGCAGCUGUCACUCACCGAGAAGUAAUGUCACAACAACAGCAAUGGAGCAACUGUCUUCACUGGGGAUUGAUCAAUCCUCUUAAUUUAUUCUGUUUUAUUUUUAUGUUUCAAAACCUUGAGAUAUUAAGUUAUUGAAGAUAUUUUAUUUGUCUUUCUCAUGCGAAAGCUGCUACAGUAUAGUGUAAUGAACCAGAACAUAAGAAGUGUGUGUGUGCGUGUGUGUGUGUGUGUGUUUAUUUGCGUGUGUGUGUAAAGGAGAAGGUUGGAUAAGAAAAUGCAGGAACAGGUACUGUUAAACACACUACAGUAAAGGAGAAGACUAAAGGGAGAGAGUCUGUUUUUCUUUUUUAUUGAAUAUUUUUCACAGUCUUGCUGUCCUUCUUGAGUAAUGAAUGAUCCUUAAACUUUAAACCUAUACCAUGAUCCAUGAUAAUGAUGAAAAAAUAUAAAAACACAAUCUUAAUGGAAUAACUUAUAAAAAUAUGAUUAUGACAUUUGAAACAUUUUGUUGGCUUACACGUGUGGGGAAAAUAAAGAAUAAUGAUAACCCUGGAUUAAGUUUCACUUUGUAUAAAGUACAAAGAAAAAUGACUUGUACCUUAACUAGUUCAACUUUUUAUUGUUUGUCACCAUAAAAAAGGAGAAUGAUUGUUAUUUGUACAUUAAGCUGGACAUGGAAGUUUGAUAUGUCACAUUUGUAAACCACAGUUACUGAGCGAUGAGCCUUAAAAUCAAAAUCAACACACUCGCUGGCCACUUUAUUAGGUACACCUGUUCAAUUGCUUGUGAACAAAAUAAGGAAUCAGCCAAUUACAUGGUGCAUUUAGACAUGUAGGCGUGGUCAAGAGGACUUGCUGAAGUCAGAAUAGGGAAGAAAGGAGAUUUACAUGACUUUGAACUUAUCAACAGGAUUGUUGGUUCUAGACAAGGCUGGCUUGAGUAUAGAAACUGCUGAUCUACUGAGAGUUUCACACACAACCAUCUCCAGGGUUUCCAAAGAAUGGUCCAACAGAAGAAAAAUUAUCCAGUGUGCAGCAGCUGCGUGGAUGAAGACGCAUUGUUGAUGUUAGCAGUCAGAGGAGAAUGGGCAGACCAGUUUGAGAUGAUAGAAAAGCAGCAGUAAGUCAAAUAAAUGUGCAGUUGACAAAUCUGCAGUAUCUGUGUGAUACCCUCAUUUUAAUAUGGAAAAAAACCUCAGGAAUGUUUCCAACACCUUGUUGAAAGUGUUCAAUGAAGAAUUAAGGCAGUUCUGGCAGCAAGAUGGGGUCCAACCCAAUUCUAGCAAGGUGUACCUAAUGAAGUGGCCCAUGAGUUUAUGUAUGCUGUGUAGUUUUAGAGGUAAAAUCCUGGCACCUAAACAUGACAAGAAUCAGUAACUGCCUGGGUUACCAAGCCCGAAAGUAAAUAAUCAAAUCAAGUUUAUUUACAUAACAGCUUUGAGUAUCAGACAUUAUAAAGUGCUUCACAGUAAAUAAGAAAAAAAACAACAACAACAAAGUGUAAUACAUAAUUACAUAGAGGCAGAUAUAUACAGAUAAGGCAAGUCCAAACAAAUGGGUCUUAACCUGCUUUUCGAAAGUCAGUCUCAUAUGUCUCUAAUUGUACUGAGCACAAUAGUAAUCGACUCUUACGUGUAGCUUUUAGCCAUUUUCUUUGGCGUUUAUGAAAUAUCUGAUUUCACAGCAACAGCCUUGUGAUUUGUAAACAGCUUUCCCCCUUAAAAUGACAAUUCUCUUUGUCAAUUUCAGGCUGCUGCUGUGAGAAUGUAUACCGAAAAGCAAGUUUAUUCAUACUAUUGUCAUGUGAAAAUGUCAAUAAUAGAAAGUGAACAAAUUUUUCUCAUUAGACACUCCUUUUUCUUUUUUUUUUUUAAGUUUCCUGUCAUGAAAAGCUGGAGUGACUAAAUCUGUAUUUCAGCCACACUAGAUUCCGUGCUGGGGCAACAUGAGAAUCAAAUAUUUUUUAAAAAGGCACACUUUUGAGAUACAGUUCAUGAGUCACGCUGCAGAACUGUCUUUAUCCCACUGUACUGCAACUGACUGUGAUUUACUAGAGGCUUGAUUCUGAUAUAUUGAAAGUUCUUCCUUUUCAUUUGCAGCGUAGAUGUUUGCUCUCCUCGAUUUCAAGGCCUCCCGAAGCUCUCCAUCGAACUGACCUAGUGAUAAAAACAAACAUUAGUCAGUCAUUUAGGCAGACAUUUCACAAUCAUAUUGGAUAAUUACCUUGAUAUUAUUAUUGUUAUAAAAUCAAAGGAUGCUUUAAGUAAAACAGGUCUGUACACUUACUUUUACUCUGAUUUAGGUCAAGAUAUUCAGGUGCGCAGUCAUCAGGGACCACAUAAUCACUCUCCUCUGGUUUGGUCUCUGUGCGCUUCAUCGGGGCCACCUGUGCCUUGGGUACCGUUUUAGGUAAAGGUGGAGAGAUGUUUAUGCACUUUGGAGCAGGAGGCACAUCUGGCGAACACACAUAUUUACACAGUAAGGAGUUGUAUAACUAACAGGAAGAAUUAACAAUGAAACAGCAGUCUUUGCUCUCACCAAUACUUGUGUCGUAGGGCUGAGAAGCUCUGUAGGGCUGCAGACGGUACUCAGUCUUUUUAAGGAAGUAACUGAUCACAUCGUUCAAGCUGGAAAGAGUCACCUGCAGAGAGGAGGACACACAACUACCUUUUAAUAUAAAAAAAGAGCAUGAUCCACUCUCUGCUGCUGCAUAUAUUAAGACAAUAAAUAAUGUAUUAUUGAUUAAAUGUUGUAUAAUGUUAGUGAAUUUAAUGAGGCUGUGAGGCUUACUGGUUUGUCCAGCUCGAUCACAAAUCCUGUUUUUGCGGGCGUCACUCUGAAGUUCUUCAUGGCAGUUCCACUGAAUCACAAGAAGAAGAGGAGUUUAAGCCUUCUGCUUUCAAAAUCUAUCUAUCUAUCUAUCUAUCUAUCUAUCUAUCUAUCUAUCUAUCUAUCUAUCUAUCUAUCUAUCUAUCUAUCUAUCUAUCUAUCUAUCUAUCUAUCUAUCUAUCUAUCUAUUGUGUAAAUCCAUCCAUCUUUACAAGAAAAUGAUCCAUCCAUCUACCCAUCCAUUCAUCCAACCAUACAAACAUCUUUAUCCAUCAAAUCAAUCAUCCAUCCACCCAUUCAUACUCUUCACAUGUUGAUAUGUAAGGUCAGACCUGGCCGUCAGCUGUCUGAGGGUGAGGGCGUAGUUAUUUGCCCGAGUUGACGGGCGGAGGAUGAUGCUUCCAUAUUCGGGGUUUGCCUCUAACAUCUUCUCGGCUUCAUCUCGACUCACUUUAAAGAAACAUCUGCAGGAACCAGGAGAAAUAAACACUCCAACAUUACGUGUUCAGGUAAUAAAAGUGCAGACAUAUUGUUCCAAAGGGCAGCAAUGAUACACACAUCAUGUGAUCAGCUGAUUAAAUUUAUGGUGAGCUGAAAAAUGACUCUCUAAUCAUUACUCAGUGUUUGGGUACUUUGUUGUUUGAAAGGCAGAUAAAGUUUAUCAGAGUGAUGAGGUUCAUAGGUAGACUUGAUGACUUACUCUGGCAUUGUGGAGGCUUUGUGGUCGGGCUCGUCUUUAGGAUGUUUAGGGGAGGGAGAGGCUGCACACAGGAAGUCAGGUCGAGGUGGAAGGGGAGGUCGGUGCCCUGGGUGGACUCUUUUCUUCUCCUGAGCUAAGACCUCUUCCAGCAGCAAUCUCUGACCGGGAAGCAGCUUACUGGGAACCUCUUUCUGCAGCAAAACAGAGCUCAAUAUCAACACUGUUUUUCUUUUUAAUUUUAAACAAAAAAGAAAGAAAUUGGAACAAUAAACUCCAUGCUGUGCUCAUUCAAUAACAUAUAUUUUAAAAGCAACUACAGCACACAAAGACUGCAAUGUAGGAGUCUUCAACUCAGUCAGUAUGCUCUCUUGGAGCAGGGUUUGUUAUUGCUUUUUUUAUGCACACUCAGCAGAUAGUCUGCUGGUUGAUCAUCAACCAAUCCGAGUGUGUUGUCAUGUUUCUAUAGAUGUGUUUGCUUACUUUAAUCACAGUAAGGAUGUAACCUCUCCACUCCAUUCCUUUGUCAAGAUUGUCCAUCUGUUCAGUUAUAACAAAAAAAGUUAAUCAACAAGUGGAACAAUUCAGGUAGAGGUCACCAAGUGAAACCAACAUCCAUGUUAGAGCCAGAGUGUAUUUAUAAACUGGGGUUGAAUAUGAUAUGCUGAAAAAAGAAAAACUUUCACACACCUUUAGCUGCACCUUCUCUGUGUGGAGAUUGAGGUUGAAGGUACUUGGCACCUUCUGUUGAUAAUGACCGACAAGCUCCAUAGACUUAAGCUUCUCAAGGUUCAUCUUUUCUGAGUACUAAAAAGUAUUUUAACAAGAUGAAAUGAUCAGAAACAUGCUUAAAGAGUAAGAUAUCUCAAAUAAUGUGAAAUGAUUGUGACAGGUUGUAAUUUUAUUAAUCAUUCUGCAGAUAAAACUCAACAAAAAGAGAGAUUAAGAGUGCUUACUGUGUGCUGUGUGUCAUCUUCAUACAGAAAGAGAGUCGUUCCACGGAGCUCUCCAAAGAACUUCUUAAAAUCCUAAAAUGACAUCUGCAGUUUUAAACACCUGCUCUCCACGCAGCUUUCACAUCCGUUUAUAAUUACAGCCAUGAUAACGUAUUUUGACAUUUGUCCUCAUCCUCACCUGUUCAUUGGAGUUCUUCCUCUGCAGGUGUCCAGAGUAAUAGAGAGGCAGGGCUGUGAUCGUUUCCCUUCGCUUGUGGACAACUCUGGGGUUUACAGACAUCUUCCAGCAGUCACUCAAAUCUCUCUUUUAAAAAUUCCUCACAGAGGGGUUUUAUCCGACUUCCGAAGCGUUCAGUGUUCACUUUGGUAAUGAGCUUUACUCUCCCUGAUCCUCUGGUAGUCACUUUAAAAGUCGGGAACAAGGAAACACCGCCGUGAUUUACAAAGAAGGAAGUAGUUAGAGUAAAAUUCCCAAAUAAUGAUAAACUUUUGUACUUUGAACCUAACUGAAGAAGCAAGACAGCUUUACACUCAUACACAGCAAUAAAACAUGCGCACACACACACACACACACACACACACACACACACACACACACACACACACACACACACACACACAGACCAUGUGCUUUAAUUUUAUAAUUGACUCAGUCUGAUUAAAUAUUUCCAGCUCAAUAUCAGAGUGCUCUAGUUGCAUUCUGGGAAAUUUCUCACAUGACAACAAGCAUGAUGCAGUAAAUUAUAUAACCAUUUUACAGUCAUUAUUCAAAUCCAUCUUUUUAAUGCCCUCAGUUUAUAUAAGUCGCUGUAAAAGUGGACACACACAGAAUCCUUACACACGCUGUCAUGACCCCACUCACAAGCCAUGACAAAAGAAGGAGAAAAUCAUGAUCAGCUGAAUAAUACAAAAGUUUAUUAGAAAAGAAAGCACAGAAACUAGAGCAGUGAACAGAGAUCAAGUGUGUCUGUCAGUUAAUCAGUGUGUCAGGUUGAUAUGUGAAUGUAUAGAGUAUGGUGUGCAGUGUCAAAACAACAUUAACAAAACGGCCAAAGAGAGAGAGGGAGAGAGAGAGAGAGAGAGAGAGAGAGAGAGAAAAGUGGGUUAACUGCCUGAGCUUAUAUUUACAUCCGGAAACCUGGGAAAGUACUUCCAAAAGUGGCAAAGGCCUGCCCACCAGCAACCUACCGAGAGACAAGUAUUAACUAGUGAAAGGAGCGAAAAAACAGGCCUCUAAUAAGACUCAUGCUCGUAUCGUUGAGAGGUAACCUUAGGUCACUUAUAAGGAAAAAUCUGCUUUUAAAAUCUUGUUAUCAAUAUUUACAUUAGCUGCAGUUUCAGAUUCCAAUUCCUCCACCUAACUAUCUCCUUCAAAACAAUAAAAUAAAUAGUUUAACCUAAUUCCCACCUAUCAUAUUCCCCGUUAUCUUGUGUUACAUCCAUAGUAAUUUCCUGUAAACUAUCGAGGACACAAACUAUUUACUGCAUACAAAAACUGUUGGGAACUUACAUAGCUGAUCAAGGUACAGAGAAAAACCUUAGUUGGACUUGUGAUUCCUGACUAAUACCUGAUCAAAUUUGAUUUGUGCUUCUUUAAAUUUUGCCCUCAGCCCUUCUCUCAGAUUUUUAUUCUCACGUCUUAGAAAGCAUUUCUCAGACUAUCCCACAAUGUCUGCAGUCUUCUUUCAGGAAUCAAGAGCUACAGAGCAGACAUAGUGGGGCAAUCUAAACGCACACACCACUAGAGCACCUGACCUGAAAUGCCAAAGUAUUUCUCAAGUCUGUCUGUUAAUAUACAGUGGCCCACUGUAUCAAAGUAGGUGCUGAAAUCCAAUAACAACAAAACAAACGCACAACCAAUGACAAGUCGUUAGCAACCUUAGUCAGCACUGUUUCUGUAGAGUGAUGAAGAGAAACGCAGACUGGACUGAUAUGUACUUCAAGAACUGGUUUGAUUCUACUCUUUCAAAAACUUCAGACAAGAAAGACAGCUCUGUUUUGUGACUAUUUUCCAUAUUUGGCUUGUAUCAUAAUGUUGACUUGAAAAUUGCGUGCAUAAUAAGUACAACCAAAAAGAACUAAUUUUUGAGGGGAAAGGUAAGAAGAUUGGCAGAAGCAGAUCAGUGACAAAUGUAGGUUACAGCCCGAUGUGUGCAUGUCUCAUUUAACCAAGCAAGGUACUGACAACUGCUGCCCCCCAGUGAUGGAAAUUUCAACU